AUGUCACGCUCGUCGUCUUCGUCGUCUCAAUCCAAGGCCUCAUCUGCCUUUUCAGGAACGACGCAAGGCAAGAUCAUUGAGUUAGUUGGUGAUAGCUGCUGGUUUUGCGGAAGUAUUCCGGUCGACGCGUGCCAUGUUAUUGCUCAGAAGGACCCAGGUCUUUCAACGAUCAUAGAGCAAAAGCUGUUGUUGACAUCCCUCAGGGACGUCGAAAAUGGCAUCGGUCUCUGCCCAACAUGUCACAACAAUUUCGAUACCACCCCAGACCCACGACUCGUCAUCGUACCAACCGAUUUAGACUUCUUCAUCAACUUCGAAGAAAAAGACUACCGAGAACGAACGCUCGCAGCCAACGGAGGAUUCUCCGUCCCCCGCCAAUGCCCUACAAAAGACCAAUACAAAGACCACCAAACAGCAAAUGGAACAAUCCUAGAAGGGAGCGGCUUAUACGAACCAUACAUCCUGGUCAGAUUCUACGCAAGCGGAUUCGAGCCAGACCUCUCCCCGAGACCAUGGCACGGCCAACCAGUGCACAUAAUCCGGCGCGCGUUUAUCGCGCUUGGAUCCCUGAAUUACCGCAAGUUGCCGGGCGACGUGUCAAACAAGCUUCGCACGUUGCUGGAGCUUUAUACGCGACCGCCGCCGCCCAUGCAGGAACCUGAUGUGGCUGCAGGACAGGAGAAGCCGGGGAAAUUGCUCCGCUCUAAUGAUGACUUGGACACAUCUACCGCAAAGAGGGAGCUGAGUGGACCACAGGCGUUUUUAAGUGGUGUUAGAUUGGAGCGGAGGGGGCGUGAGUCGCAAGGGCAUACUGAUCAUAGUAUGUCGGCCUUUACACUUGGGCCUGAGUGUACGGCCCUAGAUGCUAUAACCAUGGUUAUGUCACGUCGCCAGCGAGUUCUAUAA